CAUCCCCAACCUGCAAAAUGUACUUGUACAGCAUCAUCGUCUCCCUACUUGGGCUCACCCACCUGGCAGACGCUGCCAGACGGCCCAAGCCCUGGGAAAUCACCCGCCUGACCACUUUCUCUCCCACGGGCCGGCCCGGCGACUCCCCAUGGAGCGUCAUCAACAUCACCAUCUCGGACCCCAACGAUUCCACCGUCAGUCCAACCAUCUGCGUCGGCAAAUGGACGUGGGAGGAACUCCCUUACGGCAAAGUCAAUGCUUGUUCCGAGGUUCCGGGGGGGCAGUGGGCCUUUUCCAUGCUGGAGUCGGAUUCGGAGAAUCCCUCGCCCACAGUCAACUUCAGACUGCGGUUUGAGCUGCGGAAGACGGAUCGACGGUACAUGGGCACGGCGAAGUUCGAUUGGGAUAACCUUAGUGGAUUGUGCUCGGCAAGUGGGUUCUGUUCGUUCGGGCUGAAGGAAGAGAAGACUCCGUUUCCUGUGAGCUGGUACCGGGUGCACAACUGAAGUACUGGGACGUACGGGUCAGGACUGGAUGAGAAGGCGCAGUGGCAUGUUGUGUGGCUCGAAGGGAAGGGAACAGCGUGGGGAUGUAAGUCAGUGAACUAUAGUAGGGCUAUAGGACCUGACCUCAUCCGAUCCUGAAUCCAUCGAGGAGUUGCUUAGGCC